UUGACGCUCAAUCAAUUGCAUGAACUCCAGCACAUAUGUAAAGAAGGAUUCCCAAUGGACCCAGUUCUUGAGAUUCUUGAAGUCUUAUAUGUGGGUGGAUGUUCCAAAUUGAAGCACCUGCUACCUUCCUCUGCAACUUUUAAUCACCUAACAGAUUUAGAAGUCGAAGAUUGCAGUGGAUUGAUUGACUUAUUUACCUCAUCAACAGCAAGAAGUCUUGUCAAAUUAACAACAAUGAAAAUAAGGAACUGCUAUUCACUAGAGCAAGUUGUGGCAGAAGAGAGAGAUGAGCCCAAAGAUUUAUGGAGAGUUUGUAUCAGCAAAUGCCCAAGAAUGGAGAUCUUCUCUUUGGGAAAAACACACAUGCCAAAGCUUGGGAAUGUUAUAACACAGAAAGAAAACCACUUGCAAGGUGACCUUAAUACUGCACUAAUCAAGAUCUUCCAAGAUAAUGCCAUUGGGGAAAGAGAUAAAGGAGAUUACGAGGAAUCUUCAAGAAAAGUAUCAGAAAUUAAUGGAGCAUCAAGCUUGGAGGAUACAACCAAACAAGAAAUUCACAAGCUUCCAAGUCCAUCUGAUGAUAAAGAGCAAAAGGAAAAUAUCUUAUCAACGGAUCCUCAACAUGCAGAUGUGAACGAGACUAUUGAGAAACCCUUCAUUCAAACUGCCCAGGAAGCACAAAGAUCAGAUGCAGUACAAGAUGAAGAUAUUGGAACGCAAGAUAUUCAUGACACCACAGAGAAAACCUUGAUUCAAAGUGAUAAAGAUACAGAGAAACUUACUAUAGCACAAACCAUAGAAGAAUCACAUGAUUCAUAUGUUGAGCCUAAAGAGAUGUGCGACACCAUCAAGAAACCUUUAAUUCCAGCUGCUCAGAAUGAACCAAACCCAACAAUAAUUCUUAAUGCAGCUAUUGAAACUCAAGAGCUUCAUGACACUAUGGAGAAACCCUUAAUUCAUAGUGACCAAGAUGCAAAGAAACAUGCCACAGCACAAGCCAUAGAAGAAUCAUGUGAUUCAUAUAUUGAGACUCAAGAGAUGUGUGACGCUAUCAAAAAGCCUUCAAUUCUAGCUGAUCAGAAUAAACCAAACUUGUCCACAGUUCCUGAUGCAACUAUUGAAACUCAAGAGAUUCAUGACACCUCAGAGAAACCCUUGAUUCAAUAUGACCAGAAUGUAGAGAAAGUUGCCACAGUACAAACUACAGAAGAAUCACAUGAUUCAUAUGUUGAGGCUCAAGAGUUGUGCGACACCAUCAAGAAGCCUUCAAUUCUAGUUGAUCAGAAUGAACAAAACUCUUCCAUAAAUCUUGAUGCAGCUAUUGAAACUCAAGAGAUUCGUGACACUACGGAGAAAUCAUUGACUCAAAGUGACCAAGAUGCAGAGAAACUUGCCACAGCACAAACUAGAGAAGAAUCACAUGAUUCAUAUAUUGAGACUCAAGAGAUGUGCGACACCAUCAAGAAGCCUUUAAUUCUAGCUGAUCAGAAUGAACAAAACUCUUCCACAAUUCCUGAUGCAGCUAUUGAAACUGAAGAAAUUCGUGACACCAUGGAGACACCCAUGACUCAAAGCGACCAAGAUGUAGAGAAACUUGCCACAGCACAAACUAUAGAAGAAUCACGUGAUUCAUAUGUUGAGACUCAAGAGAUGUGUGACACUAUCAAGAAGCCUUCAAUUCUAGCUGAUCAGAAUGAACAAAACUCUUCCACAAAUCUUGAUGCAGAGAUUCGUGACACCACAGAGAAACUGUUGACUCAAAGCAACCAAGAUGCAGAGAAACUUGCCACAGCACAAACCAGAGAAGAAUCACUUGAUUCAUAUGUUGAGACUCAAGAGAUGUGCGACACCAUCAAGAAGCCUUCAAUUCGAGUUGAUCAGAAUGAACAAAACUCUUCCACAAAUCUUGAUGCAGCUAUUGAAACUGAAGAGAUUCCUAACACUACAAAGAAAGCCUUGACUCAAAGUGAUCAAGAUGCAGAGAAACUUGCCAUAGCACAAACUAGAGCUAUUGGAACUCAAGAGAUUCAUGACACCACAAAGAAACCGUUGACUCAAAGUGACCAAGAUGCAGAGAAACUUGCCACAGCACAAACCAGAGAAGAAUCACAUGAUUCAUAUGUUGAGACUCAAGAGAUGUGGGACACCAUCAAGAAGCCUUCAAUUCCAGCUGAUCAGAAUGAACAAAACUCUUCCACAAAUCUUGAUGCAGCUAUUGAAACUCAAGAGAUUCGUGACACCACGGAGAAAUCAUUGACUCAAAGUGACCAAGAUGCAGAGAAACUUGCCACAGCACAAACCAGAGAAGAAUCACGUGAUUCAUAUGUUGAGACUCAAGAGAUGUGCGACACCAUCAAGAAGCCUUCAAUUCCAGUUGAUCAGAAUGAACAAAACUCUUCCACAAAUCUUGAUGGAGCUAUUGAAACUCAAGAGAUUCGUGACACCACGGAGAAAUCAUUGACUCAAAGUGACCAAGAUGCAGAGAAACUUGCCACAGCACAAACCAGAGAAGAAUCACGUGAUUCAUAUGUUGAGACUCAAGAGAUGUGCGACACCAUCAAGAAGCCUUCAAUUCUAGCUGAUCAGAAUGAACAAAACUCUUCCACAAAUCUUGAUGCAGGUAAUGAUUUUGUCUUACAAGCUCCAGUCAAAUUUUCUAUUAAAACCGAAGAGAUUCGUGACACCACGGAGAAACCCUUGACUCAAAGCAACCAAGAUGUAGAGAAACUUGCCACAGCACAAACUAGAGAAGAAUCACAUGAUUCACAUGUUGAGGCUCAAGAGUUAACCGACAUCAUCAAGAAGCCUUCAAUUCCAGGUGAUAAAAAUGAACCAAACUCUUCCACAAUUCCUAAUGCAGCUAUUGAAACCCAAGAGAUUCGUGACACUAUAGAGAAACCCUUGACUCAAAGUGACCAAGAUGGAGAGAAACUUGCCACAGCACAAACCAUAGCUAUGAGAACUCAAGAGGUUCGUGACACCACGGAGAAGCCCCUGAUUCAAAUUGACCAAGAUGCAGAGAAACUUGCCACAACACAAGCAAUAGAAGAAUCACGUGAUUUAUAUGUUGAGACUCAAGAGAUGUACGACACCAUCAAGAAGCCUUCAAUUCCAGCUAAUCAGAAUGAACAAAACUCUUCCACAAAUCUUGAUGCAGCUAUUGAAACUCAAGAGAUUCGUGACACCACGGAGAAAUCAUUGAUUCAAAGUGACCAAGAUGCAGAGAAACUUGCCACAGCACAAACCAGAGAAGAAUCACGUGAUUCAUAUGUUGAGACUCAAGAGAUGUGCGACACCAUCAAGAAGCCUUCAAUUCCAGCUGAUCAGAAUGAACAAAACUCUUCCACAAAUCUUGAUGGAGCUAUUGAAACUCAAGAGAUUCGUGACACCACGGAGAAAUCAUUGACUCAAAGUGACCAAGAUGCAGAGAAACUUGCCACAGCACAAACCAGAGAAGAAUCACAUGAUUCACAUGUUGAGGUUCAAGAGUUAACCGACACCAUCAAGAAGCCUUCAAUUCCAGCUGAUCAGAAUGAACAAAACUCUUCCACAAAUCUUGAUGCAGCUAUUGAAACCGAAGAGAUUCGUAACACCACGGAGAAACCCUUGACUCAAAGCAACCAAGAUGCAGAGAAACUUGCCACAGCACAAACUAGAGAAGAAUCACAUGAUUCACAUGUUGAGGUUCAAGAGUUAACCGACACCAUCAAGAAGCCUUCAAUUCCAGGUGAUCAAAAUGAACCAAGCUCUUCCACAAUUCCUAAUGCAGCUAUUGAAACCCAAGAGAUUCGUGACACUAUAGAGAAACCCUUGACUCAAAGUGACCCAGAUGGAGAGAAACUUGCCACAGCACAAACCAUAGCUAUGAGAACUCAAGAGGUUCGUGACACCACGGAGAAGCCCUUGAUUCAAAUUGACCAAGAUGCAGAGAAACUUGCCACAGCACAAGCAAUAGAACAAUCACAUGAUUCGUAUGUUGAGACUCAAGAGAUGUGUGACACCACCAAGAAACCUUCAAUUCCAACUGCUCAAAAUGAACAAAACUCUUCCACAAUUCCUAAUGCAGCUAUUGAAACUCAAGAGAUUCAUGACACCCUAGAGAAACCCUUGAUUCAAAGUGACCAAGAUGUAGAGAAACUUACCACAGCACAAACUACAGAUCCUAUGACUUCAUCAAUACAAGAAUCCAACAUUUAUAAUAACUAUAAGGGAAUGAUUGACAUUCCUGAAAAAGACAUGCCAUAUUUGGAGGCUGGGGUAAAGCAACAUCCUCAAGUGCUUGAUUGGCUGAAAGUAAAACGAAGAAGGAUGUUUGCUUCCUCCUUCUUUUCCUUAUUUGCUGAGGUGACUCGCCUUUUGAGAACCACUCGGAGAGGUGAAUUGACAGAGGAUGAUCGAAACUACAUCAAAGAGUGUUGUGCCGCCUUACAAGGGGUUGGUUUUGAUUAUUCAUGGAUCAAGUAUGUGCAUAGCCGCAUUGAGGAAUGUGGUGAUGGGGAAGACAUCAAGAGAAAGCUUGAGGAGGCUGAAGAUCAAGCUUUAAAACUGAAUGCUCAGCUUGAGUCUAUCAAGAAAGAUUUAGCUCUUGUGCAAUUAUCGAUAGUGUCUUUUUGUGACAAGGCUAGUAAGCUAGAUGAUUUCAUUGAGUCCUAA